CUUAUAUAUUCUCCACACCCCACCCUCUUUCUCUCUCACUCUCAUGGAGGAAUCGCGGAACACCCAUGAGUUUGUUCGGACCGAGGCGUCCACGGAGAAGAGGCAGCGACCUGCCGCCGAGGAUAUGGACGACGACAUUCUGGCUUGGAUUUCUUUGGAAGAAGAGACAGUAGGCGAACUCAUGAUGCUUCUGGACGAUGAGGAGAAAAGCCGUCCGGUGGAGGAGAAAGUUAAGUUCAUAGAGGAUCCCUACUCAUCGGCCGUGAUUUUUCAAUCCUCUUCGUCGUACGUGACUAUCAACGGAAACGAAGAGAGUUGUGGUUCGUCUUUCUCUGAAUCGGACUCGUCGAUGAUGGCGAGCGUCGACAUGAACGGAGCAAGGAUUAAAGUGAUGGAAAUCGAUAGUGAAACUGUUGAGAAAUGGAAGAUGUGGAGCGAGGAUGGGUUGAUGAAGGAGGAAGAGGAAGAGGAGGUGUCGGGUGUAUUGGACGGAAUCAUCAGUUGGGAUGAAGAUGAUUUAGCGAGGUUCGUCGGCGAUGAAGAACAGAUAAUCUGAAACUUCGUCUGACAAAAUGGAAAUGGUUAGGGUUAGGGUUAGGGGUUUUGAAGAAGUAGAAGAAGAAAGGAAGGAGAUGUAAUUUUGGGGGUUAACACUGUUAAUAGAGAGAAUAUACACAGAGUUAGUAAGAUGAUAGAAAUUUGAAUGGAAAUGAAAAACUACUUGUCGUUUUCCUAUUUUCCCCAUUUUCCUCCU